CCCAGAAUAUAUUUUGGUACAAGAACACAUAAACAGGUAGCACAGAUUGUUAGAGAAUUGAGAAAAACAGCUUAUCAUGAUGUCAGAAUGACUAUAUUAGGCAGUAGAGAGUUCACAUGUAUCCAUCCUGCUGUUUCCAAAUCUAAAAAUAAAAAUGAAGGUUGUUCUGAAUUGAUCAAGGGUCCAGGGUGUAGUUUUAAAGAUAGAACUAAACGUUUAGCCUCACAGAAAACUAUUAAAAAUCUUGGUUUAGAUUCUGCCUGGGAUCUAGAAGAUUUAGUUGGUGUUGGUAAAAAACACAAGGCGUGUCCGUAUUUCUUAAGUCGAGAUAUAAAGAGCCAAUCAGAAUUAGUAAUUUGUCCGUAUAAUUAUUUAAUAGAUCCUUUGAUUAGAGAAAGUAUGGAGAUAUCUAUUAAAGAUCAGAUAGUAAUAUUAGAUGAAGCUCACAAUAUAGAAGAUUCAUCUCGUGAAGCUGCCAGCCAGUCUGUUCAUCUUGAUACUCUAGAAAAAUCUAUCUUUGAAAUAGACAAUAUGAUUGAGUUGAAUUUAAAACUUGGAGAUUAUUUGAAAUUAAAGAGAAUGGUUCAAUCAUUAAUAGAAUUUAUAAAUCAGAAUUCACUUCACCUACAACAGAAAGAUUUCGAACAGUCUAGUAAAAUCUGGACAGGGUUUGAUAUUGUGGCUCAGAUGGAAUCAAUGGGGCUGGGACCUCAAGAUUUUACAGAACUUCAGGGAGCCUUGGCCAGUGUUUGUGAAGAAUUAGAUGAUUUAAGUAAACAGAGAUUAAAUACUGAUGGUAAAUUACCUCAGUCUAUAUUAACUAUGUUUGAACAGAUAUUUCUAGUUUUUAAAUAUCUUUAUAGUAAUAACAUGAAAUUUGUUGAAGAUUAUAGAAUGUCAUCUAGUCAAACUCUACGAAGUUUAUUUCCUCGUCCAGUUGUUUAUCCCAAGAAAUCAGAGAUUGUCAUAUUGAAGAGUCUGUAUAUAGCUGAUAGAAUACCUGUAGUCACCUACUCUCUCAAUUUCUGGUGUAUGAGCCCAGCUGUUGCGUUUUCUGAAUUCAGUAAUUGUAAGAGUGUUAUAUUGAGCAGUGGAACUUUAUCACCCAUGUCCUCAUUUCAAUCAGAGCUAGGUUUACUAUUCCCUAUACAACUAGAAGCUAACCAUGUUAUAAAAGAUAAUCAGGUAUGGGUAGGUACACUAGGACAGGGUCCUAAAGGUAAUACUCUACACGCUGUUUAUAGAAAUCUUGAAACGUUUACAUUUCAAGAUGAAUUAGGACAGUUAAUAUUGACUGUUUGUCAGACAGUACCAAAUGGAGUUCUAUGUUUUUUACCAUCCUAUAAAGUUUUAGAUAAACUCUCUCAAAGAUGGAAGAUGACUGGUUUAUGGAAGUGUAUAAGAAAUAAGAAAGUUAUAGUAAGUGAGCCGAGAGGGGGUGAUAAAGAAGAGUUUGAGGUUUUAAUGAAACAGUUUUAUCAUGCUGUUAAUAAUAACUCAACUGAUUCAGAUAAUACUGAUGGUGCGUUAUUUCUGGCUGUCUGUCGAGGUAAAGUUAGUGAAGGUCUAGAUUUUGCUGAUAAUUAUGCUAGAGCUGUUAUAAGUGUGGGAAUACCAUACCCUAAUUUUAAAGAUUUACAAGUAGAGUUAAAACGUAAAUAUAAUGAUGAACAUCGUGAGAAGAAAGGUUUGUUGUCUGGUGGUGAUUGGUAUGAGAUACAGGCAUUUAGAGCAUUAAACCAAGCUCUCGGACGGUGUAUUAGACAUAGACGUGAUUGGGGAGGGUUGAUUCUAGUAGAUGAUAGAUUUGUUAAAAACGGUCAGAAAUAUUGUAAAGGAUUAUCUAAAUGGGUUCGUAAUAAAGUCAGGACGUUCCAUGAUUUUCAGUCUGGAUUAUCCAGUCUGUCUAGUUUUGUUGAAUAUAGAAUUGAAAAUCAUGAGAAAGAAACUAAGUAA